UAGAAAAGUCUAGAACUUGAUAUAAAGUUCAAAUGAAUCACGUCAAAAUAUUAGAAAAUUUAUGCAUAAUAUAUUUUUAAACAUUUUGGAUCACAAACGUAUAAUUUAUAUACUCCUUCAAACUUCUAAUUAUUAUUUAAAUACUUGGAAAUUGUGGCUAUACGUAAUAAUAUUAUACAUGCUUACGAAAUGAAUAGUAUAGGGAGAAGAAGAGAGAGGAAGAAAGGGGGAGAUUAAACGUAGGUAGAAUGUAGUGAUGUAAACGUUAUCAGUUAAACAGAAUUAAUUUAAUCAUAUAACUUCUCAUAUUCAAGGUCUUUAAUUUUCUUCAUUGUAGAAAAGAUAAGCUACGUAGUAUCGAGUUGAGAAAGAUUUAUAUUGUAUACCACAGAUAACAAUGUAAAGAUAAGUCGAUGAAUAAUUAUGCAUAUGUUACUUACCAUACAAAAAUCAUUCUCUUUUUUUUUUUUAGUAAAUUAACCAGUGUAUGUAGUAUAGUCUGAGUGAUAGUAUAGGUUAUGUUUACAUCUUGAGUUUAUUAUAUAUUACACAGAUGUUUCGAAAAGUUCACGUAGGUAGAAACUUUUUAAAUGCUUUAAAUGCAUCAAGUAAAGCCUCUACCAAUCCUUCAAACAGGAUAAAAGAAUUUCGAGAAAAAUUAAACACCUUCAACGAUGACAUAUUAACAGACUCAUUUGGAAGACGUCAUACAUAUCUUAGGAUUUCAAUUACAGAACGUUGUAAUCUUCGUUGUACUUAUUGCAUGCCAGCAGAAGGUGUAAAAUUAACUGCGAAAGAUGGAAUCUUAAAGACAGAAGAAAUAAUCAGGCUAGCAGAUCUGUUUACUAAGGAAGGCAUAUGUAAAAUACGAUUGACUGGUGGUGAGCCUACAGUUCGCAAAGAUAUUGUUGAUAUUAUUGUUGAAUUAAAGAAGUUGGAAAAUUUAAAACAAGUUGCAAUUACAACAAAUGGUUUAACAUUAACUCGUCAAUUGCCAGCUCUUCAAAGAGCAGGUCUAGAUGGUUUGAACAUUUCACUUGAUACUCUUAAAGCAGACCGUUUUGAGCGUUUUACGCGCAGAAAAGGAUGGGCAAAAGUUAUGGCUUCAAUAGAUUUGGCUGUUCAACUAGGUUAUAAUCCAGUAAAAGUGAAUUGUGUAGUAAUGAAAGGCUUUAAUGACGAUGAACUUGUUCAUUUUGUUAAUAUGACCAAAGAUCGCCCAUUGGAUAUACGUUUUAUAGAAUACAUGCCAUUUUAUGGGAACGAAUGGAAAGAAAAUAAAAUGGUUUCAUUUAAUGAAAUGAAAAAUAUUAUUAGGCAAACUUAUCCUGAAUUUCAAGCACUUUCAAAUAAGCCAAAUGAUACAUCAAAGGCAUAUCAAGUCCCCGGUUUUACAGGACAAAUUGGCUUCAUUACAUCAAUGACUCAUAACUUUUGUAGCUCUUGUAAUCGAUUAAGAAUUACAGCAGAUGGAAAUUUAAAAGUUUGUUUAUUUGAAGGAAAAAGUGAAGUUUCGUUACGCGACGUUCUUCGAAGUGGAGGAUCCGAGGAGGACUUAAAGAAUAUAAUUCGUAACGCAAUAUGGGGAAAGAAGAAGCAGCAUGCAGUUAAUCGAAAAGAAAACUUUUAUUAUAAAACGCAAGUGCAACGUAAGAUAUUGGAAAACUUCUGUUGGCGGAAUUAUUUACCGUGUUCGGAUCUCUUCUCUCAGAAUCAUCGAGUUGCUAGAAGUUGUAGAACGUAUUCUACACUUUCUCAUAUAGAUGAAACUGGAAAAGCCAAUAUGGUUGAUGUCGGAGGUAAAAAUGAAAGCAACCGAGUAGCAAUAGCCAAAGGAGAGAUACAUGUAGGACCGGUUAUAAGUCAAUUGAUAGCAGAAAAUAAUGUGAAAAAGGGAGAUGUGUUGUCUGUGGCACAAUUAGCUGGUAUUAUGGCUGCUAAACGUACUUCAGAAUUAAUACCAUUGUGUCAUCCUUUAAAUAUAUCAUAUGUAAAUGUAUACUUAAGGUUAAACGAAGAAUUGCAUCUAGUAGAAAUUAUAGCUGAGGUAAGAUGUACUGGAAAAACUGGAGUAGAAAUGGAAGCUUUGACAGCCGUAUCCGUAGCCGGACUUACAAUUUACGACAUGUGUAAACACGCAGCUACUACACACGCGAUGAAAAUAACCAACAUAGAAUUAGUAUUGAAAACGGGUGGUACAAAGAGUAAUUAUUUAAAAAAUUAAAUUGGUGCUGUACAUUGUAGAUAAUGUCGAUGUUGAAUAUUUUUUUAAGUACAAAUUGUUAUAAAACAUUUUUAUUCUUAUAUGUGGUAACAAUGUAAUAUAAUAUAUAAGAAAGUUAGGCCAUUAUUUUUUUAUAAGAAUGAUUG